AUGCACGUACUUAUCUGUCGCCUCCGUGCCCCUGUGCAUGUCCGUAGGCCAUCGCGCCUUCAUCUCUGCCUUUCAUCCUCUCUGCAGAGCUUCUCGUCGUCAGUUAAGUCAAAACCAUCGGUUCUUGAUGGACGUGAUGGUGUCGUACAAUUCGCUAAUCGAGCGAUGGAAAGAGUGAGUACCCAUAUGGAACGGUACCGUGAGCACAGAGUCUUCGCGCCGUCCAAUUGGAUGCUGCAUAAUUAUUUGCUCUUUACCAAGCUUCAGUUGCCUACAAAUACUGAAAUUGAUGCUGUUGAGUUUCUAAAUGGGGCUCAAUUUGCCUGUGAUUUGGUUGUCAACACCAUGUACUCUAGCGAAUUUGUCAAUUUUGCCACGGGAACCAUUACUGAAUCUCCUGCAGCUGAAAAAUUGAAAUUGGGAUUAUCGGAGAAUUGCUACGAUGCAUUUCUUUUUGCCAUAAAGCAGACAAACAACAAAGGCCACCGAUUCAAACUUAACAAGCUGGAUAUUAAUGGUAUUUACCUCGAUGAUGUCAAUUGGGUCAGAAUAUCAUUAGCCCGAUUAAAGCAGGAACAGGCACUUGAAGCAUACAACCGAGCACACGUGGCUCAAUUAGAGAAACAGGAAGAAAGUGGAAGUUUAAAAAGUCAAGACAAAGUGGUGGAAAAGCCAAUAGUAGACAUCAAAUCUGAAGAUCAUGCGGUGAUGAUUGAGCGACUUCAAUUGGAUGUACAAUUAGAUGCAGUUGAACAUUUGGAAGUCGUGACUCCUGAAGCUACAGACCAAACGAUUGAAAAGAAAUCGUCAGUGGUGUGGCGCUUUGAGUCACUCGUAACGCAGCCCGAGGAUUUGGACUGGCGAAUUGUCAGCGUAAUUUAG